CUGUCACUGGGAGUGGGAGGGUCAUUUCCUGCUCUUUUCCCAACCGGUGUCUAGAGCUUUGGUUCCGAGUCCGCGAACACUGACUGACGAUACAUAAGGAACGCGGCCGCCCCAGAGCACCCAGAACAAAGCGGGGCCCCGAAGGCCACCCAGGCUAGCGUGUUCCUUAAGCCGCUCUAGCCAAAGGAACCAUAAAGAUUCAGGUUAAAGAGUCUUCACUUCCAUCUUGGCGUAGUUCUACCCUCGGCUUCCGGUUCCGGGGACGGGCCUAAUUUUCUUGGAUGAUUAGGGCUCUCGGAUCUAGGAUGGCUGUCUUGUCGCUUCUGUUGUUGGGUGGUUUGUGGAGCGCUGUGGGAGCGUCCAACAUGGCUGUUGUUACUUGCGGCUCGGUGGUGAAGCUACUCAAUACACGCCACAACGUCCGACUGCACUCUCACGACGUGCGCUAUGGGUCAGGUAGUGGACAGCAGUCAGUGACAGGUGUGACUUCUGUGGAUGACAGCAACAGUUACUGGAGGAUACGGGGGAAGACGGCCACAGUGUGUGAAAGGGGAACCCCCAUCAAAUGCGGGCAGCCCAUCCGGCUGACACACAUCAACACGGGUCGAAACCUGCACAGCCACCAUUUCACUUCACCUCUCUCUGGAAACCAGGAAGUGAGUGCCUUUGGCGAAGAAGGUGAGGGCGACUAUCUGGAUGACUGGACAGUGCUCUGUAAUGGACCUUACUGGGUGAGAGAUGGUGAAGUGAGGUUCAAACAUUCCUCCACUGAUGUACUCCUAUCUGUCACAGGAGAACAGUAUGGUCGACCCAUAAGUGGACAAAAAGAGGUACAUGGUAUGGCCCAGCCAAGUCAGAACAACUACUGGAAGGCCAUGGAAGGCAUCUUCAUGAAGCCCAGUGAGUUGCUGAGGGCAGAAGUCCAUCAUGCAGAGCUGUGACUCUAAAUCCUCUGAGCCACUGUCACCACACAGUGUUUGUAGACACCUGCUGCUACUUCACAUGGGAUCCCUCCUCCGAGCGAGCUGCUGCGUUUGGACCUGCAGCCCGGCCCACUUGAAUUGGUUGCUCUCCCAGGUUUAGUCAGUUCUCAGGAGAGGAUCAUCUGUGAAGGCAGAGAUACCUUCAUUCGUGCUGGUAUAAGAGGUUGAGGAACUCGCCUGUCUUAGCUGGGAAGCUUAACUCCGCAGGAGCUUGGUGUCAUGGAUUGUUAACUCGUGAUUUCCCGCGUUUUGUCUUUCUCCAAAAUGAUGAAUAAAAAAAAUAAAGACUUUUA